CCCGCGGCCCGGAAGGGGCCGGCCCGGCCCUGAGGGAGCCCCUGGGCCGGUGCGGGAUCGUCAUGGAGUCGUGGCAGCUCCGCUUCGACACCCUGGAGGCUCUGCGCCUCUCCAGCAAGGGCCGGCUGAGCUACUGCAGCCACUGGCAGGAGGAUGAGGCUGCCUUGGAAGGAUGUGUGGCGCCCGUUGAGCUCUCCCCUUACUGCGGCUGGGUGCUGGACAGCCUUAGUGGGCAGUUAGCACAGGAAAUCACACCCUCCGGGACUUCAACGCCCAAACAAUCCACUCCACUCCCAAAACGGACAUCUGCGGAGAAGAUCCUGCCUGGCAGCCACCGGAGCUCUUCACCACUUUCAUCUACAGAGCCCAGUGAGACCAAGGAAAAUGAUCAUCUUAGUCCCCUGGAAAUGAAUCAAGAAGUUGUUCCAGCAGUUCUGUCAUCUAAAGUUGCAAAAGUCGAAGGCUGCAUUCGGAUGUAUGAAGAGAUCCACAGGCUGAAAGCAAAGGAGAGGCUGAGACAGCGGCAGGAGGAGCAGGAGCAGAUGGUGAGGGCAGCCUAUGCCCAGGCCAGUGAGCAGCUGAAGCGCUUUGAUGAACUGAGGGAGCUGAAGCGGCAUCAGGAAUUUCAGGAGUUGCAAGAAGUAAUGGAAAAGAGCUCAAAGGAGGCUCAGGGGCAGCAAGAGAAGUUGAAGGAAGAACACCGACAUAGAGCAAAGAUAUUGAACCUAAAAUUGCGUGAGGCAGAGCAGCAGAGGCAGCGCCAGGAAGAGCUGGAACGUUUGCGCAAGGAGGAGGGCCAGGAGAGGCUGCGUCGCCUUUAUUCCAUCCAGGAGGAACUGCUGCAGCUGAACCAGCAGAUUGAUCCCAACUACAGGCACAAAGACUUGCCCAGAAUCGAUCUGUCUGCAUACAGCAACCGUGGCAACCAGAUCUGUGGACUGGUGUCAGGGCUCAUCCGCACCACGAGCGAGAGAGGAUUCCCAACUCAAGCAGAUGUGGCCAGCACUGAACGAGCCCUGCAGGAGAUGCGAGGGUUGAUAUCCAGCAUGCAGCAGGAAAUCACUGCAGCUCUAGAAGAAAAGAAGAGGAAGGAUGAAGAAGAGAAGAAACAAAAGCAGAAAGAGUUAGAGAAGAAAGAGCAGAUGAAGAGUCAGACUCCUGCCCCUGCACAGCAGUCAGGGGAGAAGCAGCAGAAGGAAGGACUUCAGUUUAAAACUGAAGAAAGUAUCAUGCAGUGGUACCAGCAGCUUCAGGAUGCUGCUGAGCAAUGUGUUGCUGCUUUCAGUGAAAUUGGAAACUGCAAAGGCAACACUGAGGUGAAGAAGAUAAAAACAAAUUUGCAGAAAGCAGCUACAAUCCCUGUGAGCCAGAUCUCUAGCAUAUCAGGCUCUAAGCUGAGAGAGGUGUUUGACAAGAUCAAUAACCUGCUGUCUGGGAAGCCUGUUCAGACUGAAGGGCAAACCGUGUCAGUGACUCAGCAUCCACAGGGGCUGGAGUUCGUUUGCUACAAACUUGCAGAGAAGUUUGUGAAACAUGGGGAAGGAGAAGUAUCUUUUCACCACGAUUCAGCUUUCCCAAUUGCUGUGGUGCUCUCAGGAAUCUGGGAAUUACACCCUCGAGUUGGAGACAUCUUUUUAGCUCAUCUGCACAAAAAGUGCCCAUAUUCUGUGCCAUUUUACCCUGCUCGCAAAGAAGGGAGUUCUAUGGAAGAGUAUCAGAGGAUGCUUGGAUAUGAAGUUCAUGAUGCUAAAGUGGAAGAACAAGAUCAUUUUCUUAAAAGGAUGUCAGGAAUGAUUCGUCUCUAUGCUGCCAUCAUUCAGCUCCGCUGGCCCUAUGGAAACAAACAAGGGGCACAUCCUCAUGGUCUGAGCUAUGGGUGGCGCUGGCUUGCACAGAUGUUGAAUCUGGAGCCUCUGGCAGAUGUGACAGCUAUGCUGCUUCUGGAUUUCCUGGAAGUGUGUGGCAAUGCUCUGAUGAAGCAGUAUGGGAUUCAGUUCUGGAAAACAAUGUUCUUUAUCCAGAAAUCCUAUAUCCCAAGAAUUGAAGCUGUGACCAGCUCUGGCCAGAUGGGCUGUUUGUCACGUUUGAAGAAUUUCGUGCAGAAAUGUCUACGUGCAGAGGAAAUUCCAUUACCAAAGGGCAUUCUGACACCUUCCUUUUGGAGAACAUAAAUCAGCCUGUCUUUCCUUUCCCCUUAAUGUUUAAUUCAAGAGGAUUUAUUUGUUAAAUUCAAAGCUAAUCUUUGCAUUAGAUCUUUAUAAGUUUUUGUAUAAUAAAUUACUGACACUUCAA